CUAAAGCGGAGUUUCCGGUGACUGGGUGUAGUUUGCGUCGAAGCUUUGGUUCGACAGUAUUUUUAUUAUUCUGGACUUGUAUCUGUGCUAUUGGGUGACUUGUUUGGAAGCGAUUUUGGUUCUACUAUACACGAACCAGAUGCAUCAUUUAAAGAGGUACCGAUCUCCUGAACGUGAUGGUGGCUAUGGCUACAGUAUACACAGGCGAAAAAGGCGGCGUUCUCCCAGCAGUGAGCGGGAUAGAAGAUACAGGAAUGACGAUUACUGGGAUAGGCCACGGAGGACUAGGUCUCGUUCAAGGUCAAGAAGGUCUAGGUCCAGAAGUACUGAGAGAAAUUCCUAUCACCCAAAUUAUGAGUUUCAUCACAUGGAUGGAUACAGGAAUGAUAGAGAUUACGGUCACAGAUGUUAUAAAGAUGACUAUUCCCCUUCACGGUCACUUGAAAGGAAGAGAACAUGGAAGAGAGAGAGCUACAGAAGUAGGAGACGUACCAGACGACGCAGACAGCAUAGAACAAGGUCCUGUAGCCGCUCAUCUUCGAGAAGCCGUCAGAGUAGUAAACGUGCCAAGAGUGUGGAGGAUGACAAAGAAGGCCACCUGAUGUAUCAGCUUGGCGAUUGGCUACAAGAAAGAUAUGAAAUUGUUGGUAAUCUAGGAGAAGGGACAUUUGGAAAAGUUGUUGAAUGUGUAGAUCAUUGUAGAAGUAACUCACGAGUUGCCUUAAAAAUAAUUAAAAAUGUGGAAAAAUACCGUGAAGCAGCUCGUUUGGAAAUUAAUGUUUUGGAGAAAAUAAAUAAAAAAGAUAGAGAUACGAAAUGUUUGUGUGUGCUGAUGUCUGACUGGUUUGAUUAUCACGGACAUAUGUGCAUUGCUUUUGAAUUACUUGGGAAGAGCACUUUCGAUUUUCUGAAAGACAACAACUAUAUGCCAUAUCCAGUUCGUCAUGUCAGGCACAUGGCAUUCCAGCUUUGCCAUGCCUUGAAAUUUUUACAUGACAGCCACUUGACUCAUACUGAUCUGAAACCUGAAAAUAUUUUGUUUGUGAACUCUGAUUUUGAUAUGAUGUACAACGUUGACAAGAAGUGUAAUGAGAAGCUGCUAAAGGAUUCCAGUAUCAGAGUAAUUGAUUUUGGAAGUGCAACCUUCGACUAUGAACAUCACACCACGAUAGUUGCGACCCGCCACUAUAGACCGCCAGAGGUGAUUUUAGAAUUGGGCUGGUCCCAGCCAUGCGAUGUUUGGAGUAUAGGCUGCAUACUGUUUGAAUAUUAUCGAGGCUUCACUCUUUUUCAGACCCAUGACAAUCGAGAGCAUUUAGCUAUGAUGGAACGAAUACUGGGACCACUUCCUGCAUAUAUGGUUCGUAAAACCAGAAAGCAGAAGUACUUUCACCGGGGAGCUCUUCGAUGGGAUGAGGACACUGUGGAUGGAAGAUAUGUUGCAGAGAAUUGCAAAUCUUUAGAGAGUUACAUGUUACUUGGAUCCGAAGAGCACAAGCUACUUUUUGAUCUGUUAAGGAGAAUGUUAGCAUAUGAGCCAUCGAGGAGGAUAACUCUUUCAGAAGCCCUGAAGCAUCCAUUCUUUAGUGCACUAACCCCCGAAGAACAAAUGGUCUGCAAGAGAGAUUCUAGUCGUGAUUUGAGCAGAUGACAUACAGCAAAGAAAAAUACAAGAUGAAAUGUAGCAUAAUGUUUUCCACAGGUCUGCAAAGAAGGGGACACUGCAAUAUUUUUAUAAUAUAUUUAUUAAGCAAGAUGUUUAAUUUGUAACAUCGAAUACCAUUUUAUGUUGGUGAUACUGACAACUCUGUGUAUAUAGUAAGGUCUGAGGUGUGCGACACCUUAUAAACUUACAUGUAAAUAACUUGUGAAUAUUUUCUAUGUAGAAUUUACAGGAAAAGAAUUCUAUGUAUGGGUUGCUGAAGCACAUGUUUUCUUCACUGCAGAAAUAUUUAACAAUGAUGUAAAGAUACUGCCAAGAAAUUUCAUAUGAAUUUGAUAUUUUAACUAUGCUACUUUGCUAAGCACGAUACAACUUUGCCAGAAGAUUUCAGUGCAAGACACCCAAAACUAUUCAGAUUUAAGUUUUAUUAAAAAAAUUGUGCUGA